CUUUUGUAUUCUGAUAACAAUAGUCGCAUUUAUAAGCUUGAAAAGAACACGAGACACGCGCCUCUAAAAUUGGCGGUACUUGUUGCAAUCUACCUCUUUUAAUUGGAAAAAAAAACCCCCCCGAAAAGGAAUCUCUCUAUUCUGAAACAGCUGUCCGCUCCGUAAAUUAAAGUUCUCACUCUCCUUCACGGAAAGCUACAUGCGAAGACGUGCGUUCUGCUUCUGCGCACGUGUCGUCUACUCGUCUGACGAAACGUGGAGAGGGAGGAGGAGUUCGGAAUAGAGGACUUCCAUACUCGUAUCGAGCGAGCAAGAGAGAGAAAGAGGUAGAGGGAGAAAUGGGGAAGGCGUAGCUUGCGCCGUGCGCGUGCUGUCAAAAAAUAUAUACAUCGGCGUGCACGGGGCUCCUCGGAGCACUUCAGAGCGCUUCGCAGAUAACAGGAAUCUCCUCUCCCUCCCCGUCGCUUCUCCCGCGCGCCGCUCUUGUGUCCGCGAUUUCACUUGCAUUGCGGUCCCGGAUCGAACGAGGAAACGAGGAGCGAUCCCGAGCCUCGUCCAAGUCUCCUGCGUCGAGAUCGGCGAGUCGACGAGCAUCGCCCCCUUUUCCACCGAGUCGCGAUGAAUGGCCGGACGAUGAUAUGACUCGUGAAAUUCGACGCGACGCUCCACUCGGGUCACCGUGACGAGGAUUCGUCCCCCCGACCCCCGACGGCUAAGAGCCGCACAGAGUUCCUUCCCGAACAGCUGAGAAUCGGUCGAAAUGGAGUCGGCGGGAGUCAGCGGGAGUCAGAGCCAGCCGCCCAAUAACAUGAAUGACGGUUCCGACACCAAGGGCAGCUGUUUGUUGCUACGCUAUGCCAGCCAAAAUUCUCUGGAUGAAAGCUCGCAGAAGCAUAUUCCUCGUGAGAACGGGAAGGACAAGCCACCAUACCGGAAUCACCAUCACACGAAUCGAGCCUUCGACGUCAUCAAUGAGAUGAGAAAGAAAAACUUACUCUGCGACGUCAUUCUGGUAGCGGACGGUGGCAUGGAAGUGCCGGCUCACAAAAUGGUCCUCGCUGCGUGCAGUCCCUACUUUUAUGCCAUGUUCACGAGUUUCGAGGAGCGCGAUCAACAAAGGAUAACGUUGCAAGGCGUGGAUUAUUCGGCGUUAAAGUUAUUGGUGGAUUACGUUUACUCCGCCGAGGUUCACGUCACCGAGGAUAACGUGCAGGUGCUCCUACCUGCUGCAAAUUUGUUACAACUGACGGACGUACGAGAUGCCUGUUGCGAUUUCCUACAGGCUCAGUUGCAUCCGUCUAAUUGUCUCGGUAUUAGGGCGUUUGCCGAUUUGCAUGGAUGCCUCGAGUUGUUGACGCACGCGGACAGUUACAUCGAGCAGCAUUUUUCGGAAGUGGUCGAUGCGGAAGAAUUCUUAACUCUGGCACCCGAACAAGUGGCUAAACUUAUCUGCAGCGACCGCUUAAUGGUACCUUCCGAGGAGAAAGUAUUCGAAUGCGUUAUCUCAUGGGUACACCACGAUCUCGAAAAGAGACAAAACGAUUUGGCUCUGUUAAUGGAGCACGUGCGCUUGCCUUUGCUCUCUCAAGAGUAUUUGGUACAACGUGUGGAAGAGGAACCGCUUCUCAAGGCGAAUUUGCAAUGCAAGGAUUUCUUGAUCGAAGCUUUGAAGUAUCACUUACUGAAGGGUGAGCAAAAGUCGCUGUUCAAAACGCCGCGUACCAAACCGAGACAACCGAGAGGACUACCCAAAGUAUUACUUGUUGUCGGUGGCCAAGCACCAAAGGCGAUCAGGAGCGUCGAGUGCUUUGACUUUAAAGAGGAAAAGUGGUAUCAAGUUUCUGAGCUACCAACGCGACGUUGCAGAGCCGGACUCUGUGUUCUCGCCGGACGCGUAUACGCUGUCGGUGGAUUUAAUGGAUCACUGAGAGUACGAACGGUCGAUAUUUAUGAUGCCGCGGCGGAUCAAUGGUCACCCUGCCCGGAGAUGGAAGCGAGGAGAUCGACGCUCGGUGUAGCCGUGCUUGGCAACUGCGUUUACGCUGUCGGUGGCUUCGAUGGUUCGACGGGAUUAAAUUCGGCUGAAGUUUACGAUCCACGGACUCGCGAAUGGAGGCCUAUAGCACGAAUGUCAACGCGCCGUAGUAGCGUAGGAGUCGGCGUUGUCAAAGGAUUGCUCUACGCCGUUGGCGGCUACGAUGGAGAAUCUCGGCAAUGUCUCUCCAGUGUCGAGUGCUAUAAUCCAGAGAAGGAUCAAUGGAAACCUGUACCUGAAAUGUCCGCGCGUCGUAGUGGUGCGGGUGUCGGUGUCCUGGAUGGUAUUUUAUACGCGGUAGGAGGUCACGAUGGUCCACUGGUACGAAAAAGCGUAGAAGCAUUCAAUCCGGAGACGAAUCAGUGGACUCCUGUCAGUGACAUGGCGUUGUGUCGUCGUAAUGCCGGUGUCGUGGCGUUGAACGGACUUUUGUACGUGGUGGGUGGAGACGACGGUUCCUCCAGUUUGGCAUCGGUAGAGGUGUAUUCUCCAAGGACCGAUACCUGGACUACUCUACCGACUUGCAUGGGCGUUGGGCGUAGUUACGCAGGUGUGGCGAUCAUCGAUAAGCCAAUGGCCCCCGCAACGACAAUGUGAGGUCUACAAUCCGCUGGGCAUGCGA